GGGAGGGUCGAGGGAGCAGCUUAUUUCCUGCAGUGUGAUGGGUAAACACUAUGAAGGAUUACAGUGUAUAUAGUGGACCGCCAUUCGCUGAGAUUAGGGAGCACUAUUUUUAAGCAAAUAGUGCUUAAAAUGUCCUUUUUAAAAAAACUUAAAUACCUAAUAUUCCUCAAUAUGUAUUAAUACGCACAGACGAAACAGCUUAGCACUACCGCAGCAGCUAAGGUCUACCUUUUCUCUGUUCAUCAGGGUUCAGCCAAUCAGAGCCAAGGAAAGUGAAUGCAGCUCCAGGAUUGGCUGUGUUGGAAAUCCCAGCCGAUAGUGAAUCAGGCAGCCUAGGCCUAGAUAUUGGGUGUCUCAGCAUUCUAAGCAGUAUUUCAUUUAAAAUAUUCGACAAAAAAAAAAAAAAAAAAAAAAAUCAAUGACUUAGAUUAAAAAAAAAAUCUAUUUUACAGAUAAAGUAGAUUUUUUUAAAUAAUUUGGACUUACGUACCACAGGAAAGUCCUUGCAGCAAGUAGCGGUCCACUUUACAGAAGUAGGAUUAAAGUAUUCAGUGUUUGUUACUAUAGCAGCACAAUCUGGCCUAUUACAGUGCGAGUGUCCUUUCCUUUAUUCGGUGUAGUCUGCUAGCAACAGGAAGAGCUUCCGUUGACAUCCGUCCGGAACGAAAAUAUUUCAGAGACUUGACUACAGUGAUGGGACAAGAACGCGAUUCAAAGAAAGGAGGGAUGACAGUGAGGGAAGUGAUCAGACAGAGGUAGAGAGCAGCGGCGGAACUGGGCUCCACUGGCAGAGACGAAGCGACGGUAGCGACGAGGACCGAGCCCGGGAGGAGAGCGCGGAGGACAGCCAGCCCGGCCGGCCGGACAGCCGCCCUCCAUCUUCCGUUCCAGCGACCUCCGUCGGAGCUCCUUCCGCAGCUCCGCAUCGCCGCUCCAAGCAGAGCAUCUCGGAGGCACAGAGCGGGCAGUCCUUCCUGGGAGAUAGAGAUUUCUCUGCUGAUUGUGACCCAGUUGGUUCCAGAGGAUGGACGUUUUGUUGGGUUUGCUUUUCCUCAGUUCUGCUGCUCUAAAGGCAGCUGUAGGAAACGUGUGUGUGUCGGGUCACGACAGAGGACCAGUGUUUGAAGAGCAACCAAGCAGCUUAAUUUACCCAGAGGGCUUGACUGAAGGCAAAAUAACUCUGAGCUGCCAGGCUAGAGCCAGUCCACCUGCAACCUACUCGUGGAAACUGAAUGGCACAGUCCUGGAGCUGGGGUUGAGCCGGCACACUUUGGUGGCUGGCAGCCUGGUGAUCAGCAGCCCUGACAGUUCCCAAGAUACCGGAUCCUACCAGUGUCUGGCUAAGAACCCGUGUGGGACUAUCAUCAGCCGAGCUGCCAAUCUGAAGUUUGGCUACCUUCAUGACUUCCCUCCUGACAGCAGGACUUCACAGACUGUGUUUGAAGGCGCCGGCACUUUCCUUGCCUGUCAUCCGCCCCCACAUUACCCAGCUCUGUCUUAUCGCUGGUACUUCAACGAGUUUCCCAACUUCAUCAGGAAGGACGACGGACGCUGGUUUGUGUCUCAGGUCACUGGGAACCUGUACUUGGCCAAAGCAGAGUUAAAUGACACGGGGAACUACUUCUGCUUUACCACCAUCAAUCUGGACAUCAGCACCAAAAGCACUUUUAGCAAGGGCAGCCUGCUCACCGUAAUGCCAGAUGCCAAUCCCAGGAGGUCAGCACCAAGCAUCAGACUGCGCUUCCCAGCGGAGACGUACGCCCUGGCUGGACACACCGCCCAACUGGAAUGCUUUGCGAACGGAAAUCCAGUCCCAAAGCUUCGGUGGAGGAAGGUUGACGGUUUAAUGCCGUCCAAAGCAGGCUCCUCUACACAGAGUCACACCCUCACCCUACCUCAACUCUCUUUUGACGACGAGGGAAUUUAUGAGUGUGAAGCCUACAACUCAGAAGGACGUGACACAUUCCAGGGACGCAUCAUUGUGCAAGCUCAGCCGGAGUGGUUGCAGGUGAUGAGCGACUCAGAGGUGGAGAUCAGCUCAGAACUUCACUGGAGCUGCUUAGCUGCUGGAAAACCUCGACCCGCUGUCCGCUGGAUACGCAACGGACUGUUUCUCACCACACAGGAUCGGGUGACGGUGAACGGAGUGCAUCUGAAAAUCAACAACCUGGCCCUGGAGGAUUCAGGGAUGUACCAGUGUGUGGCUGAGAACAAACACGGCACUAUUUAUUCAUCUGCUGAGCUGAGAGUCCAAGUCCAGGCUCCGGAUUUCAGGCUGAAUCCGGUGAGGAAGCUGAUCCCGGCAGCCAGAGGCGGCCAGGUGGUGAUCGAGUGUCGCCCUCGUGCGGCACCAAAGCCCAUCCUGUUCUGGAGCCGUGGGACGGAGCUUCUGACCAACAGUAGCAGAAUCACAGUAACUCCAGAUGGCACGCUGUGGAUCUACAACAUCAGCCGGGCAGAUGAAGGAAAAUACACCUGCUUUGCUGAGAACUACCUGGGCAAAGCCAACAGCACCGGACACCUGUCUGUUAGAGAUGCCACCAAAAUCACACUGGCUCCCUCCAACGCUGACAUCAACCAGGGGGAGAAUGUGACGCUGCAGUGCCACGCCUCCCAUGACCCCACCAUGGACUUGACCUUCACCUGGGCCCUCAAUGGGGUUCCGCUGGACCUGGAGAACUCGGCUGGGCCGUACCAGCGGGUGGAGGCGAAGGAAAACAUCGGCGACCUGCUGAUAGUGAACACUCAGCUGAGUCAUGCCGGAAUAUUUACCUGCACAGCUCAGACUGUGGUGGACAGCGCUUCUUCUUCUGCUAAACUGGUUGUGCGAGGACCCCCAGGACCACCCGGUGGUCUGCUGGUGAAGAACGUGGCCGAGACGUCGGUGGAACUCAAGUGGAGCCGUGGCUAUGACAACCACAGUCCCAUCGGCAAAUACGUGAUAAUGGGUCGAUCGUCUCUCUCGUCAGAGUGGAGGAAGAUGAUGACAGAACCAGCAAACAUCGAGGGGAAUGCAGAGUCGGCGCGGGUGACCGGAUUGAUUCCCUGGAUGGAUUAUGAAUUCCAGGUCAUUGCCAGCAACAUUCUGGGCAGCGGGGAGCCCAGCAUGCCGUCCCACGUCAUCCGCACAAAGCAAGCAGCACCUACGGUGGCCCCAAGUGGACUCGGUGGAGGGGGAGGAAACCGCAAUGAACUGAUUAUUACCUGGACGCCCAUGGCCAGGGAGUACCAGAACGGGGACGGCUUUGGCUACAUUCUGGCCUUCAGGAAGAAAGACACGCCACCGUGGUCGGAGGUGCAAAUCCCGCACGUCGACUCCUCUCGCUACGUCUACUACAAUGAAAGCCUGACGCCUUACACUCCUUUUGAAGUAAAGAUCAAAGCGUAUAACCGCAGAGGUGAAGGUCCGUUCAGCCAGCUCUCAGACGUCUACUCUGCAGAGGAAGAGCCAACUGUGAGACCUUCAGGCAUCAACGCCACAGCACUGUCAGCCUUUGAGAUCCAGGUGUCCUGGGAUCCCAUCCAGCCGCUUAGCAACGGCAUCCUAAGAGGAUAUGAGAUCCGAUACUGGCGGCAGCACGAGAGAGAGGCGGCCGCCGACCGGGUGAGGACGGCCGGGCUGCAGCCGACCGCCCGGGUGUCCGGCCUUCGACCGAGCACGCGGUACAACGUGGCCGUUCUGGCGUACAACAGCGCCGGCACGGGGCCUCCGUCGCCUCGCACCGCCGUCACCACCAGGAAACCACCUCCCAAUCGUCCCCCAGGCAACGUGUCGACCGAAACCAAAGGCUCUGAAGUAACGCUGAAGUGGAGUCAUGUGACAGCGAUGCACAACGAGUCAGCCGUGUUGGGCUACAAGAUUCUGUACAGACAUGAAGACCAGACUGUAAUGAAGUUCCUGGACAAGUCGAAGACGUCAGUGACUCUGCCGCUAACUAAAGACUACGGCUACGCGCUGCUGGAGAUCCGGACGUGGGGCGAGGGCGGAGACGGGCCGUCUCAUGAGGUCAUCGUGUCCCAGGACCCUGGAACCGGAAUGAUGGUGCAGAAGGACGCCUCCUCCGCCCUGACCAGCUCCCUCCUCCACAUGGCCACUGGCCCGGUUCUCUUGGCCCUCAGCCUCCUGUGAUCUGUCUGUUACUGUUAGAGAAGCGAAGGCUCCAGGUUGACUUUAGAUUUCAUUCCUAAUAAUAAGUUUUAACAUCUCAGUGCAGUGGAGGGAACCAGAACUUACCACCCUGGGUUCUUUAUGAACAUAAACUCUUAUGGUACAAACAGAACCGAGUGAGUGGAUGGUUGGCAUUGUUAACUUCUAGAUGUGUGAUCUGAAAUUCUCUCUAGGAGCAGCUAUCUACAUCGUUUAAUUUGGCAAAAACCUUUCAUCUGCUGCAGUUGUUUUCUGCAUGUCAGGUCUCACUGUCCUCCCCGUUACCCUGGACGUGCAUGGAGCAGCGUAACCCCCCGGAAUGAAGGCUGCAUGUUGUUCCCUCCAUCCCCUCGUCUCCACGGCAACGCCGCUGCAACUCCGUCUUUAGAGAGGAGGGUCUUAAUUGUUUCUGCAAAACCAGGGACUAAGCACAAGCUUUAAACUGGUUAAAGUCGAGUUGAAGCUUUUAACUCUAAAAUAUUUUUAUUCAUUUUUAUUUUUUUUACUUUUUGCCCUAAUAAGCAUGGCAUUCUGGGGUUGAUAUGGUUUCACUCUGCGUUCACAGAUAUUUUAGGGAGGAUGAUUAGACAGCUCUAAAAAUAUCGUGGCCAUUCUGAAACCAAGAAAAUCCAAAUUUUGUACUCUGACGAAAAAGAAAAGAGUUUUGUGGAACAAACCACUGUAGCCGCCAGGUUAGUGCCUCAGCACUGCAGAAGAAAAUGAUUUGUUUCUGUUGCGCUCAUAUUUCAGAUUAGUUCACAGUAGCAAGUGUUAAAUACAGAACAGAGGCUUUUGACUUUUAGUUCAAAAUAAAAAAAGUUGACGCCUUCCCAGCAACAACUUAAGUUCCCUCUAUGGUAGAUUAGAAAAAGAAAUGUCCUUUCUGCCAUUUGCUCUGACCGCAACAAUCGGACGGACCUUUAAGCUGACCGGCUUUGUGUGUGUUUUUGUCUCUGUUGUGGCCGCAGCAGGCAGCAGAACACGUCUGCUCUUUUUAUCGCUGAUAGAAUUGUGCCUGCAGUGUAAAAAAACCGUUCAUGUUUGAUGUGUUUAUUGCCGAUCGUUUUCUGCCGAUAAGGCUAAUCAGAGGGAGAGAUGACAGAGUUGUCAGGACUACUGAGCUGUGGUCAGGCCGCCGGCGCUGACUCAACACAUCUGAUGCUCUGCAGUACCCAGAACCCACCGGGCCUCCAGAACUCUCACUGCCUUCUGUUGUUUCUGAAGGUUCUUGCUGUUUUUUUUGUUUUUUCUUUGUUGCCUUAUUUAUUUCAAUAUGUUGGUUUUUAUUUAUAUAUUUCUUGUUUUGCCGAGAACUCUUUUUUUGUUGUUGUUGUUGUCAAAGUGUUUGCACUAUCUUUUAUUGUUAUGCAGGAUUUAGUUCAGGGGUGUCCAAAGUGUGGCUGGGGGGCCAUUUGUGCUCCUUCCACUCAAAUUGUUUUUUAAAUUGACUGUUCUUCUUAGGUAACAGUCCAAAGUCCUUUUUGUGUUUUACAUCUCCUAUUGCAUUCAUAUUUCAUAAAAGUUUGUUUAUUGUUGAAAAGGUGAAAGAAUAGACAGAAAAUCCCAAUAAACUGUUUUUCCUUCUUUUUUUUUAAUUUCAUGAAUUUUGUGACUCAUCUGUAGUUUAAAUUGGCCGGUUUGGACACCACUUGAUUUACUUGAAUGAAAUUUCCCAGAGUUGCUGUUCUGUAACUUCUGAUCUGACUGGAAAAUGUAUAUCCUAUUCAAACCUAUUUAUCAAAACAUCAGUGUAUAGAGCAGAUAUGAAACUGUCUGGUUUUAAUUUAAAGCUGCAAUUAAGCUCAUAACAAUUAUGAUCUAAGACGUUUGGCUGAUUUUAUUGUAUGAAUAAAUGGCAGCUAUUACUGAUAGUCUUCUGUGACCAUUAGCCUCUGAUCUGAGUCCAUAAACUGGCAGGAAGUUAUGCAACAGCCUGUUUCUGCAGCCUGUUUGUGCCACUCAGCUCUCAUCUGAAGCGGCCAGCAAAGCUUGGAUCCGCUUUCUCUUCAAGUGAAGACUGAAGCUCUUACAUAAAAAUUAGACUGGCGCAAAUGUUUCCAUCAAACUCCAGACUCACAAAAUCACCACACAGGUGAUUUUGUGAAUCUGACCUGUAGUCAACCUGCAGUCUUUGUAUAAUGACAGAAUUCUGAAGGGAGACUGCAGAAUUAAUAUUUACAUCAAAUACAAAGAAUAGGUAGAAAUGUCACCUUUUAGUCAGUUUAGAGGGCAAACCUUUAGUUUAUUGUUGAGUUGUGCCUACAUCCAUGAACGUCUUUGUAUUUAAAUGGCUUUGACGACCAGACUUGUUUACUCUGCUGGUGGUUGGAUAAUAGACUACUUGAUUGUACACAUGCAAAUGCUUUACUAGAUCAUUCCAACAUAUUUUAUGUUGCAGUUUUAUGAUUUUGAGUCAGUUAGUUUGUGAUGUAUCAGGAAGUGUUUUCUAUAGUCGGCGGUGCUUAGGGGUGGUGUUGAUGGUGGCAGAUGAGUGCAGUGUAAUGUUGCUUUUGGUUAUCUCCAGCAGUCAGCGUGAAAGCUAAUAUUUCUAUAUUGGCUGGAAAAACAAUAGAAAACUGAUUUUCUUUUCUUGACACAUACAGUCUAUAUUCCUCUUACAUUUUCUAAAGACAGCAAGUUGCCAUUUUGCCUAACAGUUUUUAAUUUGGGUUCUACUCUGAGGCGACAUGAGCCACCAUUCAACCCCAGAACAGCUCAUGAAAUACAUAACCUGUUUCUACACGACUUUUAACGCCUGCUCUGUCUUCCACUCCCAAAUGUAAAGCAUCACACAGCAGUUGGCAGAACCACUGAAUGUAGUUAUGGUGUGUCGUCGUGCUUUAUACUCUGUCUGUACAGUGUUUUUUGUUUUUUUUAAUGCCUUCAGUGUUCAAUGCAGAGCCAUAAGGAUGUGUGACCAUAUAUGGGAGCGUUGACCAAACAGACCUGGUUGACCUGCUUCCAGGUGGUUCCAGUCAUGAGCGUCAAUCAGUUCUGGCUUAUUUUGCCUUUGGGUCUUUAUUAUUAUUAUUAAUAAUAAUAAUUUAUUUUAUUGUAACUGAAGGGAAGGGGCAAGAAGAUUGCUACAUGUAAAGCUGUUUUUAAAUAAACACA